UGUAAUUUUCCAUAUAUAGCACUGUGACUCAUCCGUAUAUAGGCAGUACCACACGGCAUUUUAACAUUACAAUUUUGAUCUCUCUAGAAACUCGUCUUGGUGUGACUAACAUCAUCGGCUUCCGAACGGAACGCGGCCGAAACCAAAGUGACUCAUAUUAUUAUUUUUCUAGUGUGUGGCGAGUCAGUAUUGACACGCGUGUCCUUUUUUCAAUCUGGAUUUACGAACAUCAUCUUCAAAGUCCAGAAUGGAGCAUUCGCUUUAUUCUGACACGGACGGCCCAGACUCAGCUGUCAAAAAGUUAAAACGGAGUAUGACAUUGGACUUUAAUUCUAGUUCAGCGACUAAACAGAAGAAAUUAGCAACUGUUCUAGCAUCACCAGAUCUUAAUAUGUUAAAGCUGGCUUCACCGGAGUUAGAAAAGAUGAUUAUUCAAGCUAACGGUAUGGUAACGACAACGCCCACCCCAACUCAGUUUAUAUUUCCGAAAUUCGUAACAGAGGAGCAGGAGGCCUACGCUAGGGGAUUUGUUGACGCUCUUGCAGAACUACAGAGCAGUGGGGCACUUUCAGCUAAUCGUACACAAGAACUUACUCGAACUUUUACAACUUUAACAGUUCCCACGGCGCUUUCUCAAAGUGCUACAGUACCAACAUCAGGAGCCGUUCCUGUUUUCGCUACUGCAAAUGAACUUUCAGCGACAACAACUUUGCCUGGUGGGCUUAUUGGUAGACUACCAUCUACCGUAAGUCCUCCCAAAACUGUCCUGCCCACAACCAAGGCUAGUAUGCCUGUUUCAUCUGCUGGGUUAGAUGCAAGGAUACCACAGAUCAAAGACGAACCACAAACUGUUCCUUGUCUUGGUUCGUCCCCACCACUUUCACCUAUAAAUAUGGAAUCUCAGGAAAAAAUUAAACUUGAGCGUAAACGGGCCCGUAAUAGAGUAGCAGCUCGUAAAUGUCGUACAAGAAAAUUGGAGAGGAUUUCACGGCUAGAAGAUCGUGUUAAAGAACUUAAAGGACAAAAUAAUGAUCUUGUAACAACAGCUUCUAGUCUUAGAGAUCAAGUUAUGAAACUUAAGCAGCAAAUUGUUGAACAUGUAAAUAGUGGCUGUCAGAUUAUGAUGGCACCGAAUAUUGCAUUCUAAUUUAAACAAACAUUUAGUUUCUUCAAGCUUUAGCGUCUUGUGUUCUUUAUACAAAGAUUUAUGAAUCUGCAAUUGACUUAUUUUCUGGCUGAAAUAAAAACAAACCCAUCUGUGUCGGCCUUUCUUUCAACACUUCAUUUCAAGCUGGGAUUUUUAACCUUAUGUUCAACUGCAUCAAACUAGGCCUAAAUAAUUUUCUAAAUAUUCUUUUGAUGGGCGCUUCCAUAAAGUGUGAUUAUUUUGUGUACAUGCGAAGGAAUUCAUUUUCAUUUUCUUAUUACUGACACCAUUGUUGUAAAUUUUCAGCAAACAUGCCAUUCUUUUCAUAUAUUAUUGUUACUCUUUUUGAUGUAAGUUUGAUUUUCUUACAUUACUGAGACAACCAAACUGAUAUACCAUUUUUUGAUGAUAAUUAGUUUUCUGUUAUCAUUUAAAAUGCGAUAUGUAAAAUUCUGAAUCACAUUGUCAUUGAAAAUAUC